CACACAGAGGAAAAGAAUGAGGAAGAGCUGCUCUUCCACUCCGGCACAUUUCUGUCAUUCUCGGGUCUGAUCUCACACGUGAUCUGAUCUAAUCUGAUAUGAUCUGAUCUGAGCGGCUGUGUUAAUGGGAAAACGGGAGCGACUCUGAGCCUGAGCUGUGCUGCGGGUUUCUUAUCGCUCCUCCACCCGCCGUAUAAAAGCCGCAAACCGAAUGCGAGCUCGAGCAGUGCGGCACCGACCACGCGCGCUCCGUCUCCCUGCGUCUCCCUCCGUGUCCGAAGGUUUCCCAAGCAGCAGACGGUUCAUUUUUCACCUGUAGCAGAACGAUGAGGCGUUCAGAGGUUUCCUCGUUCCUCUCCACGGGGCUCCAGUGUCUUGCGGUAGUGGCAGCUUUGCUCUGCAACAUCCAUCACGUGACAGCGGGAAAGGUUCAAGACCACAGCUCAGACCAUUCCAACAAAUCAGGGACCUGCGGGGAUUUAGUCGUGUGCGCCCCUGGAGUGAUCCUCCCGGUGUGGGAGCCCCAAAACCCCUCUUUUGGGGACAAGGUGGCACGGGCCACGGUGUACUUUGUGGCUUUGGUUUACAUGUUCCUCGGAGUUUCCAUCAUCGCUGAUCGUUUCAUGGCGUCCAUUGAGGUGAUCACCUCCCAGGAGAAAGAGAUCACCAUUAAGAAACCCAACGGAGAAACGACCACUACCACUGUACGCAUCUGGAACGAAACGGUGUCCAAUCUUACUCUCAUGGCCUUGGGUUCCUCUGCUCCAGAGAUUUUGCUUUCUGUCAUUGAGGUUUGCGGUCAUAACUUUGAAGCCGGUGACCUUGGACCUUCCACCAUUGUUGGAAGUGCCGCUUUUAACAUGUUCGUGAUUAUCGGAAUCUGCGUCUACGUGGUUCCAGAUGGGGAACAUCGCAAGGUCAAGCACCUUCGUGUCUUCUUUGUCACUGCUGCCUGGAGCAUAUUCGCUUAUCUGUGGCUCUAUUUGAUCCUAGCAGUUAUCUCUCCAGGCGUUGUACAAGUUUGGGAAAGCCUCCUCACGCUUUUCUUCUUCCCCAUCUGCGUCGUCUUUGCCUGGAUCGCCGAUCGUCGUCUCCUCUUCUACAAAUACGUCUACAAACGCUACAGAACCGGCAAGCAUCGCGGGAUGAUCAUCGAGACCGAAGGAGAUCGUCCUCUUCCAUCCAAAGUGGACAUUGAAAUGGACGGGAAGAUGCUCAACUCCCAUGCGGUGGAUUUUCUGGAUGGGACUUUGACUCUGGACCUGGACGACAAAGAUCUUGACGAAGAGGAGGCCAGACGUGACAUGGCGAAGAUCUUGAAGGAGCUGAAGCAGAAGCAUCCGGAUAAAGAGGUGGAACAACUGAUUGAGCUGGCUAAUUACCAAGUUCUCAGCCAACAGCAGAAAAGUCGUGCGUUCUAUCGAUGCCAGGCGACGCGGCUGAUGACCGGUGCUGGGAAUAUUUUAAAGAAACACGCAGCAGAUCAAGCGCGAAAAGCAGUUAGCAUGCAUGAGGUGCGCAGUGACAUCGGUGAAAACGAUCCCAUUUCCAAGAUCUAUUUUGAUCCCGGAUCUUAUCAAUGCCUGGAAAAUUGUGGAACCGUGGCGGUCAAUGUGGUACGCCGCGGUGGAGACCUCAACCAAACGGUUUCGGUCGAAUUUCGCACGGAAGACGGGACGGCCAACGCAGGCUCGGACUACGAAUUCACUGAAGGCACGGUGGUGUUCAAGCCGGGCGAGACUCAAAAGGAGAUCCGUGUCGGCAUCAUCGACGACGACAUCUUUGAGGAGGACGAGAACUUCCACAUCCACCUCAGCAACGUGCGCAUCGUUCGCGAAAGCGACGAGGCAGAUAACGCCGAAGCCAAUCAUGUGGACACGAUUGCGACCCUCGGCCUGCCUUCGACCGCCAUGGUCACUAUAUUCGACGACGACCACGCCGGAAUCUUCACCUUCGAAGAGCCUGUGACACACGUGAGCGAAAGUGUCGGUGUGAUGGAGGUGAAGGUUCUCCGAACGUCAGGAGCUCGAGGUGUGGUUAUGGUUCCCUACAAGACCAUGGAGGGCACGGCGAAAGGAGGAGGCGAGGAUUUCGACGACAGCCACGGCGUACUGGAGUUCCAAAACGAUGAAAUCUUGAAGACGAUCUCGGUCUGUGUGCUCGAUCGAGAGGAGUACAAUAAACAGUGCAGCUUUUAUUUAGUGCUCGAGACGCCACAGUGGAAGAGGAGAGGACACACAGAACACAGAGAGGAAGUGAAGGAUGUGGAAAAGGAAGAGGUGGAGCCUCUAACAGGAGAGGAUGAAGAGGAGCGGCGCAUCGCGGAGAUGGGCAAACCCAUGCUGGGUGAACAUGUCAAACUGGAGAUCAUCAUUGAAGAGUCCUACGAGUUCAAGAACACUGUUGAUAAACUGAUUAAGAAGACGAACUUGGCGCUGCUGGUCGGCACAAACAGCUGGAGAGAUCAGUUCAUCGAGGCCAUCACAGUCAGUGCCGGUGAGGAUGACGAUGAUGAAGAGUGCGGGGAGGAGAAGCUCCCAUCGUGUUUCGAUUAUGUCAUGCACUUCCUCACUGUGUUCUGGAAGGUUCUGUUCGCCUUCGUCCCGCCCACUGAUUACUGGAACGGGUGGGCAUGUUUUGUUGUAUCAAUCAUCAUGAUUGGCGUGCUGACAGCGUUUAUCGGAGACCUGGCGUCUCACUUCGGCUGCACCGUGGGACUGAAGGACUCUGUCACUGCCGUGGUGUUCGUCGCUCUCGGCACCUCCGUACCAGACACCUUCGCCAGUAAAGUGGCUGCGAUCCAGGACCAGUAUGCCGAUGCGUCUAUCGGGAACGUGACGGGCAGCAAUGCGGUGAAUGUGUUCCUGGGCAUCGGUGUGGCAUGGUCCAUCGCCGCCAUCUACCACCAAUCGAAAGGGCGUGAAUUUCGUGUGGAGCCAGGCAGCCUGGCCUUCUCAGUCACACUCUUCACCAUCUUCGCCUUCAUCUGCGUGGCUACGCUCAUGUACCGGCGCCGACCCGACAUCGGUGGAGAGCUGGGAGGCCCGAGGACUGCCAAAGUGCUCACAACCAUGCUCUUUGUCAGCUUGUGGCUGAUCUACAUCUUGUUCUCCUCACUCGAGGCUUACUGCCACAUUAAGGGCUUCUAAACACACACACACAUGCGCAUGGAACCACACGCACACACACUCAUACCAACACACUGAUGUCCAUAUGAAGAUGCGUACGCUCACACAUUGUCACAUAUACACACACACAGGUUAUGAAGAAGGACGGGUGCUAACAUGAAGGAAGCUACAUCAGACAGGACGUGGAUAAUUUAUUUUAUUUUCCCCAUUUCAGAGUAUAGAUAGCUAACGCACAGGAAAAUGAUAAGAAAAGAAUAAAGAUGAAUGAAUGAGGGGCUAGUAACAGCAGAACUUUGCUAACCUCUGCUAAUAAGAUUUAGUUAUUUUUGUUUCUUUUUUGUCGUGAUACAACAACUGAGGAAUGACUGAAAUCGAAUGAGAAAGAAAUGAGCUAUAACAUGCUGUAAAAUGUCCAAUUUUAUUUAUUUCCUCUCUGCCACCUCACGCUCCUCUUUCAGUGCCUCAGGCUGAAAGACUUAAUCUGAUUGGACGCUUGUUGGCUGGUCAAAGAUCCCCAUUGGCUGUGAAGAGAGGGUGUGAUUUUGCAGAGAAUAAUAUGUAAAAAAAAAAAUAAUAUGAAACUUGACAACCUUGAUGACAAGCCAGUACUAAAACACUUUACGUCGUACAUUAGCCCAGGUUUCAGGAAAUGCUGGAUUUGAGAGAACGGAAUUCUGGGUAGCGUAGUUCUGAUGACUGUAUUUUAUGAAACAUGCACUACUACCCUCCUUCUGUGGUCUUUGUGGUUGAUUUGACGUUUAAACUCUGUAAAGUUACGUGCUAAAACUUACUAAAAGUCCGAUAAGUAACUGCUAGCUCACAACAGGCUAACAUACUAACACGUAGAGCAUGUUUAUGGUGUUAUUGCUAACAACAGAGUGAGAAAAUCCUGGGAAAUUUUAUUCACCUAAACACUACAAUAACUCUGACAACAAGAUUAUUUAUAAGUCAGUCCUAACGCACCUUUAGCUAAUCAACUAAUUUGAUUGUAACUUCAUGUGAAUGUAAAAUCAUUUAAAAAAAAAUUAUGAGCUACUAAAAACGUAUACGGUUGCACAAAGUAGCAUAGUUUCAUUAAACGUAUCUUUAACUUAUAGCUUACAAAUAUUGUUCAGAAACUGUUGUAAGAAAUCAGUUAGUUAAAGGAUCGCUGGAAAAACUUGACGGAAAACAGAAUACACCAUCUGCGCUGGUGAAGAGGAAAGAGAGAGAGUUCACAAAUCACAAAUGAUUCAGUCUUUUUGAACAAGUCAUAAGGUGAAUGAAUCAGUAUCGUUCACUAGACAUGAUUCGUUUGUGAAUGAAUCCAUAUUUUUUGAACAAAUCACUGACGUGAAAGGAUCAGGAUCGGCCGUGUUCGGAUCACAAUUCGGUCUUUUUAAACGAAUCACUUCAAUGACCGAAUCUGUACCAGUCACUAGACAUGUUUCAUUCAUGAAUGAUUCCGUCUUUUUGAACGGAUCACUGAAGUGAACGAAUCAGUAUCAUGCACUAGACAUGAUUCGUUUGUGAACAAUUUAGUCUUUUUAAAGGAGUCACUAAACUGAAUCAGUAUCGUUCACUGCCACGCACCGAGUCAUUCCUUUCGUUCAGUUGCUGCUGAUGGGCUUCGCUAUUGCAAACCACAAAACUGAAACCUGAAGCCAAACCACUACAUUUCCAGAGAUUUUUUUACAUAGGUUUAUGUUAUAUUUUUAAUCCGUCAGUGUUUUGUAAAAGUCUGUGAAUUGUGUGGGUCAUAUGUGUAACAGCGUGUGUGCCGAAUCUUUUGGUCACAACCGAGAUUCGUUCAGUGAGUUAUUGUUGACGUUCCAGAAAGUUCUGUGACGUUUCCUCGCUCAGUUCGUCUUUACGCUUUCGGAUAAAGCUAGCUAGUCCGUCUCAGCGCGUAGCUAGCGCCCAUUCUCUGUGUCCAGUGUGUGUUUCUUCCCCCAUUCAGUCCAUUCAGAUGUGUUCAUUAAAUUAACAAACACGCCCCACAUCGAAUGGCUACACAUUAAAAUCUUUGUUAAAGAUCAUUUUUUGCGUCGUUUUGUAAAACAAGUCCGAUUGAUUUUUUAAAAAACGUUUCUUUGGCUUUUAUUGACUUUAAACAGGACAAUUUUCAGAGACUGAUAGGCCUCGUUAGAUUAGUGUGUUAUCCUGUGUGUUGUUUCUGCCCGAGUUUACACUGAUGACUGUUACACACACACACACCCGCAACACACACACACACACACAGUGGAGUUUACGAGGGCGUGCGCUCCCUCCAGUCCUGCUGAGAUUAUAUAAGUAAGGCUAACACUUUAGCAGAUUAGCAUGGUUUUAGACACAGCCGCUCGAUUGAGUCUGGUUUUAAGCUUGUAGACUAGCCCGGAUACGACACCGAACGUAGCUAGCAUGUUUUCUUUUUUUAAAAUUAAAGAAGGUAAAGAUUUCAGAUUAGACUGGCUUUAAAAAUAAACAGAGUUUUUUUAUCUAGUUGUCCUUUUAAAGUCCAGAUUUUCACGCUAAUCUAGAGUAGACAUGCUAGCAGUUAAGACUCGAUACACUUAGAUUUGGAAUAAAUGCUAAUUGUAGUUUAGCUUGAUGAUAAGAAAAAAUUGCCAAAGGGAAAAAUUGUAAAAUCGUUUCUAAAACACAAUUCUAGCGAUACGACUGGGUUUUGUAUUUGAUGCUAACGUUUUUUUACCGAAAGAAAAGAAUUAAAACGUAAAGUUUGAAAAAUGGCUUUAGAGGGCUUUCGUACGAGAAUUUAUACAAAAUCUACAAAACUCAAGUGUUUAGUGCUAAUUCUUAGUGAAAAUAUCAGGAUGUGUGAUAGCUGUAGUUUAAUGCUGAAGGAAAAAGGCCAAACUAGCCGUCCUUUUAUUUUUCCUUUUCUUGUUUUAUUUCGUUUGUUUUGGGUUUUUUUUUUUUUUUUACAAAAAUUUAAACGGUUCCCAGAUGUUUCUUUAUGGAGAUGAACGACAUGGACGGUGUUGCAAUACAAAGAAAAAACACACACUCACACACACACACACGCACACACACACACACACACACACACACACACACACUCACACACACUCACACUCAAAACAAUAAAUUAAGAAAAAGGACAAAGACAAAGACACAGAGCCUUGAUAUUCCUUGAAAAACAAUAUAAAGAAAGAAAUAAAAGCAAGAAGAUGAAGAUGAGGACGGUGGAUGCGUGUGAAUUACAGCCAUAAUCUGCCGCAACGGACUUCCUGUGGGCGUGGCCUCCUGCUGAUCGCGGCGCGUGUCUCAAAAUGUGUCUACAUCUCAGUGUGUGUAUGUGUGUCGUCUCGGUCAGUUGGACGCGUCUACAGCGUGUCGUCACACUCCGGUCCUGGAAGGCGACAGCGUCGGGUUUAUAAAUAUGAGUGCGCUAGCAAAACUAUCAAUCAGGUGUUAGCCGCUAGGAGACAGCGCUAACUAACAUUAAAUGAAUGGAUAAUGCUAGAAAUUCUAACACUAUAUUCAGAAACUGCUACAAUCUGCUCAUGUUUUAUUUCUGAGCCUGUAGCAUAUUAGCAUAGUUUCCUAAGCUAGCUGUAACGUAGCAUACAUUUAUCCUUAAAACUUUGAACCGAGUGGUAAUUUAUAAUAGGAUUUCAUUUCAUACAUGCCGCUAACUAACAGAUUAGCUAGCUGCGUGUUUAGCAACAUUUUUUUUUUUUUGUCUGAAAUUACACCUUUUUCUUUUUAUGCACUUAGGGGAAAAACACGGCUAAAAUAGCUACAUUUACACCAGUUUCACAGAAAAUGUUCAAUCUAGUGCAAUAUAAUCGUAUUGCGCUGUGUGACAUUAUGACAUUAUCUCAUUUUCCUUUUAUCACAAAUUGCACGUUUUCUUUAUGAUUGUUACUCCUCAAUUAAUUCAAAUAAAAACACUAGUACUUAAGGGAAAUAGCUCAUGAUAGCUUGAUGAUUAAAAGCUAGAUUUGAAUUUUUACGCCAAUUGCUGACAAUAUUGUUAAUUUCGAGUUUCAUUUUUAAACCAUAACGAGUAGUUAUGUCGAGUUAUGCGAUGUUAUGUUUAUUUAGUGACUAUUAUUACCCAGAUUGCACGUUUUUUUUAGUAACUGUUACUUAGAUUCAAUGAAUUCUUGAUAAAAUCUUGAUCAUUUAAAAUAAUAAAUAAUUCUGCAUGUUUACACGGUUUUUAAUGAUCGUUACAACGAAUUAUAAUAAAAAGCACCCGUGCUUCUGAAAAGGCCCAUUUUAAUCCGAUCAUCUAAAAAAGAAUAAUAUAACAGGAUCUUUUAUCUAGAUUUGUGUUUUUACGUCAAUUUAACUGAAAAUGUAAAAUAUAUACAAAAUAAGUAAAAAUAAUAAGAAGAAAUAGUUUUUGCUAGUUCACUCACACUUUACUCCUAACCCUGGCUACGUGUUCGGGAUCGGAGUCCGACGGCACGUUUCUGCGUCUCAAAUUUUGUCCGCACCAAUUGUAGGCGGUCUUGCAUUUCAAAGUCCCUCCCUCUUUCCAAAGUACCCAUUCCCCAAACCCCGCCCCUUGUUUCAUAUUUGGAAUGUUAACGUGCUAGUUGUUGACACUGUGCAUGGAUGCUAACCUGUCUGUAUAUAGUACGCAGUAACUCAAUGUCGUCGAUGAAAGGUUUCGAAAGAUGUAGAUGUUUGUGUAGAUAUAUUUCGAUUUUAUUUGCAGUUUUAUCUUGCACAUACGUCAAAAAGAAAAGAAGAAGAAAAGGCAGUAUCUGUCGUUCCGGACAGUGCUCUGAGGAUUUUAAUGACGGGGAAUGCAUGGGUACUUGUACAAAUAAUAAUAUUAAUAACAAUAAUAAUAAUAAUAAUGAUAAUAACGAUAUUAAUGAUGAUAUUAAUAAUAAUAAUAACAACACCUCUUCUUGCUUGUUGCCAUGGUUGUAUUAUUAUUAUUUGACGAUAGAUUAUUCUACAUGAAAGGUUAUUUUGUCAUUGCGAGUUUGUGUGUAUAUAGUGUACAGUGAAAUCGAGGCGAGUGUGUUACGGCCUCGGCGUUAUCACAUAUUUAUUUUAAACCCUUUAGUCAACUCAAGAAUGACAAAUAUUGCCUUUUAGAUGUAUGUCUAAUUUCCUUCACUGAGCAGUGUGUGUGUGUGUGUGUGUGUGUGUGUGUGUGUGCGUGUGUGUGUGUGUUGUCGUCGUCAUUUCCCCGCCUUUUCCCCCCGCUGCUCAGAUGGACUCGUUUUUUCAGGGGUUUAAUAAUAUCUUUGAUAAUGUUGUUUUCUCGUUUGAUUCUCUCUCUCUCUCUCUCUCUCUCUCUCUCUCUCUCUCUAUGUCUCUCGACCAUCGACGCCUUGCGUUAUCAUCAAAUUUGAGUUUUUACGGCACACAGAGAAAACUCAACUGGAUUUCUUUGAUCAGUUAUCAAACACUAAUAUGAUGAUAUAUGUUUGUUUUUUUGUUUUUUUUAAUUUUCUUCACUAAUAUAAUGCUGUGUUUAAAUAAAGACAUGUUUAUGAGAAGCUCCAACACAACGGCCCGCUUUAGCAAUAAAAUACAUCAUAUUUUUUUACUAAGUGCCAUUCACUACAAAGCAAGCUAGCUAGUUAACAAUCCCAGAUUUAUCAUUUAGCCUAAAUUGAGCUGGUUAAACGAGCCAAAACUUAGCAUGCUAGCUAAUAAAAAAGGCAAAUUGUAACUAGCUAGUGGACGAGACGAAACUUGUUUCUGUCGCAUUUCCUCCGUCACUGUUUGCUAGCUAGUCAGCCUGAGGUACUAGCAAGCUCCUGUUCUCAGUGUUUAUAUUUCCUAGCUGCCUUAAUGAAACGUUAGCUGUUUAAUAAUAUAUCAAUAUAUUUCGCUUUGUUAGCUGUAACUACAGCUUUUGUUCAUGUUGGUUUAAUAUCCAUGUUUAUAUCAGGUUGUAAUUUCAAACAAACUGCUGACUAUCAGUCUUUUCUAAAUAAUUGAGUGGAUUUCAUUUUUAAUGUCCUAGUUGCCUAGCAACAGUGUUCCCAAUAGGAAGCGUAUCGUGUGUUGAAAGCAGCAGGGAUGAUAACGCCUUACACAUGCUAGCUGCUAGCAUGCAGAGUCAGGAUUAGCUGUAUGCUAAUAAUCCGUUGUGUGUUAUGUACAGUAUGCAGCGUAUUUUGAAAUUAGGCAAAAUCUAAAUUCAAGAACGAGUCUAAAAGAGCUUCACGUAUAAACUUCUCAUUUAUAAAGUGGACUCCGUGAUUAGUCACGUUGGAAAUGUUUUAAACGUUCAACUUAAAGUUAACCGUGUUAAAUAAUAAUAAUGAACUGAGUAACACUGAGUAUUAAUGUUUGAUAACUGAUCAAAUUUGAAUCUAUUAUUCCAUGAUUUGCAUAAACAAGCAUUACAGAAUCAAACUUGGGAAUGUGAUUUAUCGCUGUGGUGAUGAAAAAUUUCAAACUAACACCACUGUUUUAUUAAAAUACACAAACGUUCAGACGCAAGGUGUCAUGAAUAAUUUCUUUGUUCACUCCGUCGCGCUCCAUCUCUCUCCGGUUCCUCUCUGAGCUCUGACGUUUAGGCUUUACUUUAAUGAUGAAGAAUUGAAAAUGCUCUUUUUUUCUUUUGCUGAUAUUUACGUUUGCACUCAGACUAAUAAGAAGGAAGUCCACUAACUGUGAUUGCCCCCAUGGUACACCUCUACACAGGAAAUAAAGUUUGGAAAUCCUGUUUAGAGCUCA